AUAAAAUAAACCCAAUGGUACCUUUGAUGCGAAUAUGUAUGAAAAGUACCUCACUCGUUCUGCUGGCCUUCCUCUUUCAGAUUAACAUAUUUCUUGGUGUCGUCAAUUUUGCGUGCAUGCAUGGAAAUAAAAAUGGUCAUCUGGACGACUCUUGGGGAUUCCCAGCUCAAACAAACAAGCUCUACUCGAACCGGAUUUUCCAAUCAAAAGUACCCCACUCCACUCAUCGGGUUCCGAAGAUGUCUAUUCUUGCAAAGUGUAAUUUUCAUUUUUUACACCCUUAGAAAUACAGAAUGUAGGAUUAACAAAGUAACAAGCCGUAUAAAUACUGCUUUAGGUGUAUUGAAAAGUAAUACCCCAGUUAAAAUAGGUCAAUGAUUAAAUGUUGGUAGUAAAUUUUUACCUGUUUGUACAUAUACAUAUAUCUAAUACCAAGCGAUGAAGGGUGUAUGAAACGGAAAAAUUAAUACCUUAUGACAGAUUUCAAAAAGUACACACAAACUACUACCAAACGGUUAAGAAGUUAUCGCCAAAUCAAUUCCAGUACUGCGUAUAUGUACACACAUAUGUCACUCUACCAGAUUGUUAACAGAGUACAUAUGUAUACGUGGGUGUUUUAUUAUUAAUUUUCAAAAGUUCUGUUAUAUCCCAAAGUACGGGGUUAAAUAUUUUAAAGAUUUCGGAAAAAGUGUUGUCAAUUGUUGAGGAGAUCGUUAACGGGACGGAUUUCGAAACUUUAAAUAUAUUAGAUUUCGAUUUUGACGGUGAUAUAGAUGUAUAUUCUAAUUUACACAGUGACUUGGUGUCCGGAAAUGAGGAUGAUGAAGUUUUUGGUGUCGAGGAACUCGAUUCUUCUGACGGCCUUUCGCAGCAAGUAUCUCAGGAAUGGGAAGAAGAGAGUGUGGACGGUGUUACUUUUACUUAUCAAGAAAUGGUGAACAUUGUUAAUUUCUACGAAAAGGCGAAGAAAAAUAAAUUCGACCAAACCAAGAGAAGGUUUAAAAAAAAUCGACAUUAUAAGACGAUCCAAAGAAUUAAAAAAUAUGUUGACAAGACAAGCACUACAUUUCCGCUUUUUAAAGAAGUAGAAAAGUUUGUCCUGGAACGUUUUGAAAGUGCACAUUGUAAUCUGCACUUGUGCUUCGACCACUUUUUUGUUCAACAUCACUACCAUCCACUCUCUACGAUUGAAAAUAAUUCAGGCCCAGAAUCAGAAUAGCUACGUUAUGGACUGCUUGGAGCGAGUGGUUGCGGAAAGACGACUCUCAUGUCGUGCAUCGUCGGCCUUCGUCACCUGGACAGUGGCGACCUUACCGUCUUCGGUCGAUCGAGGAAUGGUCACCUCGGUCACUUGUGCGGAUACAUGCCACAGGAUAUUUCUCUCCUCAGCGUGCUCACGAUUGGGGAAGUGCUGCACCAUUUUGGUUUGAUUUAUGGCAUGUCAGAGGUCGCGAUAGAAAAUAAAGUCAAUUUCCUCACCAACUUUCUUGAUUUGCCGGAUACUUCGAGACAAAUUCAGUAUUUGAGCGGGGGUCAAAAACGGCGGGUAUCUUUGGCCGCUUGUAUGAUUCACAAUCCCAACCUGCUUGUCCUUGAUGAGCCCACCGUAGGCCUGGACCCAUUAUUAAGACAAAGAAUAUGGCAACAUUUAUUCGAAAUAUCCCGCAGUGGAACGACCAUCAUACUAUCCACACAUUACGUUGAAGAGUCUAAACGCUGCGAUAAGGUUGGUUUCAUGCGGGGCGGGAAACUAUUAGCGGAGGAUGCCCCCGCCGCCCUGCUUUCCCGGUACGACGCACCCACCUUAGAAGACGUCUCCCUCCACUUGGCCCGCUUGGAUGACGAAAACCCCCAAACCUACGCCCCACCCGACAUUGUGAACACGAAAUGGCUCGAUUUUACGCUAGGUGACGAAGAAUCUGGCGUCGUGAGGGCGAAAGUGUAUCGUAAACUGUCCAUCAGUCUGCACGACAACGUGGUCCAUUCUCCCGUCAAUGUGGAAACGGAUCAUGCCUCCAUCAUUUACGCGUUAGCCUUAAAGGCGUGGCGAAGGAGAAAGAGAGACUGGAGAUUCCUAUUUUCCGAGAUUAUCCUGCCAAUCAUAAUUUUGUUCGUGUUACAAAAUGUGGUGGGUUUGGAGCCCAGAGACAUUCCAGUCUCGCUAGUCACUGGGAAUCCUAAUGUCACGAAUAAUGCGGAACUAAUCGAAUUUUGUGGACAAAGGGAUCGUCCAAUUACUUACACUAAAUGCUUCGAAAAUAUGGGAAUUUGUGAUUUUAUCAGAACCUUUGAACCACACGAGUUUGAUUGGGUCACCACAAAUUCGUUCGAAAGUGGGUUGCAAGACAUCUAUGACGGAAAUACCUUUGCCGUUCUGGCUUUUCCACCCAACUACGCGUUUCACAUGAAGAACAGGAUAAUCGAGAGAAAUUUUGUGGAUAACGAGACCAUUUCAGGAACCACGAUUUCCAUCAGGAUGGACGAGUCAAAUGUGAUCAAAACGUCGUGGAUGAAACAAAUCAUUGCGACGAAAUAUGCCAAAUAUCUUAACAAAAUCGGGGCCGCGUGUGGCGGAGAUUAUAACAGCGACAUAGUUAAACCUGCAAUUGGAUACACCGCCAUCUAUGGGGGACUUGGGAUUGAAAGCAUUAUAAUAUUCUCUCAGCCAGCUAUGUUGAUUACUACGAUGGUCUUCUUGUCCCAAAUUUCGGGGCUGGAGUGGAUUCUGGAUCGGAUGGAAGGGUUGGAAGAUCGUGAUUAUGCGGCCGGGGUGACGUUGCGACACCGGAUUUGCGCCUCCAUGAUGACCGACUCGAUCAAAAUUGUCGUCCAAUUGACCGUUUUCAUCGGCUUGUUGACCACCGUGUAUGGGAUGGAGGUUCAUGGGGCGUGGGUAUUAGCAUUAGGGAUCGUCUUCAUGGCAGCAUUUGAAGGAGUUGCGAUUGGGUGGAUGAUUGGAACGUUACGAGAUUCAGCGCUGGAGGCAAUUGUUAUCAUUAUGUUUGUCUCCAUUUUUCAAGCUGCAGCGACAGGGGUAUUCUUCUCCUUAGAAGUUACAUUGGACUAUUAUCGCAAUUAUUUUUGCAACUGGUUGCCAUCCACGUAUCCGAACGAGGCUUUCAGAUCGAUAGUUUCGCGAGGGUGGGGCCUGGAAAACCCACACGUGACGAAGGGAUUUAUCGCCGCGGCUGGUUGGACUUUGCUUUCCAUUGUCGUCGUAGUUUUAGUUGAACGAAGAAAACGGAAAUAAAUAAAUUAUUCAAAAUAAU